AAAACCAAAAAAAAUUUCGAAGGAGAGAGAUGGCAUCGGGCGACAUCCAGGGCUUCUACCGGCAAAGGAAGAAGGGCGGCGCCGCCUCCUCCUCCUCCGCCAAGAAGAAAUCCGGCAAGCCCCCGGACGGUGGCGCCACCUUGGGAGCUGACGCGGCCCAGAACCCUUUCCUCAUCUCCCACGGCUCCCCCGAUCUCCAAGAUGAUUAUGGGCCAGAGGAGGAGAAGCUUCGGCAGUUCGAUAUGGACAUGAGGUACGGGCCCUGCCUCGGCCUCACUCGUCUCCAGCGCUGGGAGCGCGCCGCCGCCAUGGGUCUCCACCCGCCACCGGAUCUCGGCGAACUCCUCCGCCACGUGUGGCAGGACGAGCUCCGCCGCCGCUCGGCGGAGCCAAAGACUAAGCCAAACCCCGCGCUGGAGUGCCUCUGGGAGGGCCGAGUCUAGAAGAAACAAAUCACCCAAUCUUUAUUCUACGACCAAGAAAAGGUACUCUUUUGAGCUUAGUUAUCGGAGGCAAACAAAAAUUUGGUGGUGAAAAAGAUAGUUACAGCCUCCUGCUUGUUUUUUUUUUUUUUUUUGUGUAUAAAAGGUUUUCGACUACUAGUUAUGACGUUUCGUUGAUUUCAAGUGUCGAAAUUUAUGGUUUUUCCUAUAUUGUGGUAUGCUCCUGUUGUUUGUGAAUUAAGGUUAUCAGUUAUAACGAAUACUUUUUCUUAUA